CACACACUCUCACAUGCUCUUAAGACAUACACACCCCUUCAAUUCUUAAGUUUGUUUCCAUUCCCAUUCAUCCUUUAUCUGAAGCCCAAUCACGUUUUAAACCCUGUCACUUUACACAAGAAUCAAAAAGAGAUUAAAACUUAUAUGAAAUAGUAGCCUUGCACCCUUUAUUUCUUAUUUAUCAUAUUAUUUGAUUAUUUCAUAGUAUCAGUUCUCUCAGGGCAGCACCUACAGCCUAGUGCCUUUUGACUUAUUAUGUUUGUCAAAUGAAGUGGGUUUAAUUCAGCUAAAGACACUGUGAGUCAGUGCAUGUUUCCAUUUGUUGUGUUAUGUGACUUCAAAUCUUCACUUUCCUAAUCAAGGGAGGACUUGUGAACAGCUGUUGUUUCAAAAUGUAAGGUUAUCAGGGCAAUCUGACCAGAAACACCUAAUACAAUCACAAAUUUGAUUUAAUUGGAAAUCAACCCUAGUUGCAGUAUACCCCAUGUGAAUCUGGAAAUAAUCUACCCCCUUCCAGCAAAUAAAGUUCUUAUUCAACUCAUAAGAUUAUUAUUUUUUUUUUAAAGAUUUUUUUUGGGCUUUGUAUGCCUUUAUUUGGAGAGGACAGUGAAGUUGUAUGACAGGAAGCGAGGCGGAGAAGAGGUGGGUAGAGGACCGGGAAACGACAUCAGGCCAGACUUGUGUCCCCACGGACAAUGAAUGAAGCCCGUAAAUGGGGGGCUUAUUGGCUUGCACCAAAGUGCCCCCCAACUCGUAAGAUUUUAUGCUAAUUCCACGCGUUUCCACUCUUGAAAGUUGAAACUCCACUAUUCACACAUUUUCUCAUCUGUCCCUUGGUCCCCACCACACCUGACCAUUAUUAAACCCCUGAUUGGCUGAGGGUGAGGGCUGUGUGCACAGGUGGGGGUGAGUAGAUGUGUCCCAGAUUUUAAUGGUUUGUGGAGUCAGGAGUGCGAGCAUAUGAGGGAUUCCCUCUGGUUGAGGAAUACUGAGAUGAAGGAGCUGGAUGAGCCUUAAUGAAAGUUGUUAAUUUCUCAGUACAGCUUUGUCCUAAUCAGAGAGUGAUUGUGCAUUUCUUUUUUGUUUUAGUUAGGACAAAAUACAGACCAUCUUAAAAUACCAGUACUGUGAAAUCUCACAUCAUGGUGUGUAGUAUCUCUGUCGUGAUAUCCAACACACCACACAAACACGCACUGCUGAUGAAACAUGGAAUUUCCUUCACACUCGUCUGUGUCGUUGGGGGGUUGUGUGACAGUGAGUCAAGUGAGGGAGGAGUGGAUGCCAGUAUAAAUACCAGGGACUCACCUGAGCAGGUGAAAAGCUCCCGAGCGUUUAGACCGGUCCUCACCCAGCACAGGAACUCUUUGUGGAGCCGAGCUCCAUCAUCAUGUUCUCUUCAGUGACAGCCCACGCAUCUCUGCUCUGGUUGACACUGUUCUUCUGCCCACUCACCGAAACCUUCAAGCCGCUACUCUCUCCUGGGGGUGGCUCUCUCACACACCGUGACAUCACCCAGAGGGCCAUCUUCCGCAAGACUGGCCAAGUGUGCCGUGCAAUGGCCGCAGCCCAAGGCCAGGACUUCAUCUUGCCUAUUGAUGAUAGGCUGACGGCAUACACCCUGCAGCAGGCAUGCUCCUCAGGGGAGUCCUCCAUCUUGUCAGCCCUGGCCUUCCAGACAGCUGUGACUAAUACCUACCUGAGCAAUGCGGCUGUGGACGUUCUUCAGGCUCUGAGCGCUCCGCACCACUUCGAUGACGAGACAUUCGCUGAAGGGCGAGACGUGGUGGCCCAGGGUGCCGCUGCCGUCAAGGCUGCCGUGAAGUAUGGGAGCUUCGUCUCUGCCAGAAUCAGCUUGGGUGCUGCCUGUCACACACUGCAGGACUUCUACAGCCACAGUAACUGGAUAGAGAUAGGAAACACAGUACCAUUCUCCAAUUUGAUCAGGGCAGACACGCCUUUGGAUAAUCUGGCAGGUCCUGAUAGAGCCACCUGCAGAAACUGUACAGGAGGAAACUGCAGUGAUAACCUCCUACCUGAGAUCCUACAAGAGAAGAAACUCACAUCAGGCUACUUCAGCCUCUUCUUUUCAGUCAAGCCACCAGGAAAGUGCAGCCAUGGUGGUUCUUUUGACAAGACCAGUUAUCAGGAUCCAGUUGGUGGGAUUAACAAGGAUGACACCACAGCGAGCCAUGGGCACUUGCACCUGCGAGCAGCACAGGUGGCCAUCAACGCCACCAUGGAGCUCCUGGAGGACAUCAGACUGGCCACGGGGGACAAAGACUUCCUGCGGUUAGUGGGAGUGUCACAAUCAUCCGUGCUUUGUUUCGUGGUUGACACCACAGGCAGCAUGUCUGAUGACAUUGCCGAGGCAAAGCGGGUCUCAUUCGCCAUCAUCGAUCUCAAACGUGGCACCCAGGAGGAGCCCUCAGAGUACAUCCUGGUCCCAUUUAAUGACCCAGGCUUUGGGCCACUGAUCAGGACAACUGAUGCAGACAUUUUCAAGCAGCACAUCAACAAGCUCAGUGCCUCGGGUGGAGGGGAUAUUCCUGAAAUGUGCUUAUCAGGACUACUGCUGGCGCUCACUGCAGCUCCCCCUUCCUCUGACAUCUUCGUCUUCACCGACGCUCCUGCCAAAGAUGCUGAGCUGAAGAGCACUGUGACUGCACUGACUGAGAGCACCAAGUCAAAGGUCACCUUCAUGCUCACUGAUCCUUCCCGCUCAGCACGUCGCCAUCAGCGCUCUGGCAGCCCCGCGUCAAAUCGCUUAUCUGUCGCCGACACUCAGCUCUACCGGGACCUAGCACAGGCUUCAGGGGGCCAGGCCAUAGAGGUCUCCAAGUCCUCACUGCCUCAGGCCACUGUGAUCAUAGAGGACUCCUCAACCCCUGCUCUGGUGACCCUGCUCCAGGCAGUGAGGACCCCGCUGAGGGCUGAGAACUUCUCCUUCCUGCUGGACGAGUUGGUGUCCAAUGUGACGCUGUACAUCACAGGGUCCUCACCUGCGUUUACUCUCUACAGUCCCACAGGCGAGUCACAGAGCCAUGAGGUGUCAGAGGGACCUCUGGGUACGAUUCAGAGGGUGGGAAACCUACAUCGUAUGCAAGUCAAGACCCACAAUCGCACAGGUCUGUGGGAUAUCACCAUCAACUCCACAGUAACAUUUACUGUCAAAGUCACAGGUCAAAGUUCCAUUAACUUCUUGUUCAACUUUGUGGAGGCCUUUGGCGGAGCACAUGGAGACUUUAGCCUAAAACAGAGUCGUCCAUCCGUUGGUAAGAGCGCCACCCUCUUGAUGUCAGUAACAGGAAGUGAUUCAUUGAGGGUGACUGAGGUGGCUCUGGUGCCUGUCUCUGGAUCUGGGGCUGUAAAUGGAACCAUCGAGGCAUUAGGAGGGGACGACUUCCUGGUAACGAUCAAUGAACCGCCAGUGGGAAACUUCAUCAUCCAUCUGAGGGGGGAAACCAGUGGGGCCUCUCGUUCCUCCCCCAUCCUCUUCCUUAGGCAGUCCUCUACACAGCUCAGGGCCUCCAGGGUGGCUGUGACGGCCUCAGUAAACGCCACUUUGGAACCUGGAGCAACCAUCACUGUGCCCUUCACAGUGGAAACCAAUACCACAGCAGGUAGCUAUACCAUCCGAGUGAGGAACGACCGCGGCUUCAGUGUGUCUUUCCCCAGCAGUGUGACUCUGGAGGCUGAAGGCCGUGCUGAGGGCACAGUGACUCUCACAGCUCCCUCAGACACCCCUUCAGGCACCGACAUCACGCUGACCAUCGAGGCAGAAGCUCCUGGAGCCACCGACUCCAACUAUGUUGUCAUUAGCUUUGCUGUUGCCACUAAGGUGACUGACUUCACCCGUCCUGUGUGCCAAGUGGACCUCACUGCCAACUGUCCACAAGACUGCAGCCAGGCUACAUGGCAGCUCUCUGCCAACCUGACUGAUGGCAAUGGGACAGGCAUUGUUCUCGUAACACUCCAGCAGGGCAAUGGCACCCUCAACACCAGCUCUUCUGGCUCAGGCAUCACCUUUGCGUCCUACAGCGCCUCCUGCUGUUCUGAGGUGGUGGAACUGGUCAUGGUUGACGACGUGGGCAAUGCUGGUGUCUGCUCUGCUUCAAUUAGAGGCCUCUCCUCUGCUACCACCCCUCAGACUCCCACAGCCAACGCCACAGUGACGCAGAUAGCCACCACCUCCAGUGCAGGGCACUGCCUUAACCUCUCCAUCUGGCUGUGGCCCAUAGUUAUGCUCCCACUGCUUUAUCUCAAGGUCUAGAGAGUCUGGCCUGGAGCAUACACACUCUUCUAUAAACUGCGAAUGUGCAGUCCAGUUGGAGUCAUACACCAGACCAGAUGUAAAAGUAUUCAUGGGCUACCGAUACUCUUGGGCUUCAAAUGGGGAUGAGGGCUCUUUAGCUGGAGGAACUUUGUGUAUAAGCAACUGUAUCUCGACUACAUCAGAUUACCCUUACAAAUUAGAAUUAAUAAACUGCUAAGUAGCAUUUGGUGUUUUUUUCAAGGGUCAUGUAGUCAGUGUCAGUGUCCCGAAAACAAAUUUAAGGAACAUAGAAAACCAUGAAAAGGGAAGCUAAGUACAUCAGCACAGGAAAUCACAUGCACUCACAUUUUAGUUUUCUGCAUAUUGGGUGUUUUUUUUGGUCAUAGCGGUUUAUGCUGGAUCAGGCUUUAUAACAGUAGUCAAGGACUGCAUUCUAAACUGAGUCUAUGUAAUUGCUUAAC